AUGCGCGGCGGCCAAUGUGAGUCGAGGCCGUCGGGCGGCGGGAAAUGGCAGAGGCGGCUGAGGCGGCUGAGGGCAGUGGCGGCGGUGGCGGCGGUGGCGGCGGGUGGCAGCGAUGGCGGCGGUCCGGGCCGCGCGGCGUUGCUGGCGGCUGUGGUGGACGCGUUCCUGGAGAAGCUGCUGGCGGCGGGGAGUUACGAACGCUUCGCUCACUGCUACCGCCGCUUCUACCGAGCGCAGCCCCACGUGACCCGCAGCAUCCACGAGCAGCUCGUGGCGCAGCUCCGAACCGCCGUUACGGAGGAGAUCCAGGAGGUGAAGAAGGAGGGGAACCUGGAGGAAUUGUUCCGGGCGCUGGAUGCCAUCGUGGAGGAAUCGAGGGGCUGUGAGGAGCCGGCCUGGCGGCCCAGCGGCAUCCCGGAGGCGGACGCCCGCAGCGCCUUGGUGCCGUUCCUGCUGAAGCAGCGCUGCUUCCUGAGCCGGGAGCUGAGCCGCGGCCGGGAGGAGAACCGUGCGGCGGCGGCGGCGGUGCUGGAGGGCAGGGAGCGGAUCGCAGCGCUGCGGCGCGGCAUCGCGGAGCGCAGGACGGCGUGGCAGGCGCUGAGCCGGGAGCAGCGUGCGCUCACAGCGGCGCUGCAGCCGCCCCAGGAGGGGCGCACGGAGCCGCUCGGCGCUCACACAGGGGGACGCUGACGGCGCGUCGGGGCCGUGAGUUGGAAACGAAACCCUUCGGGUUCACCGCGUUUGGGCGAAGAGAAGCGUUGGAAGAAAUAAAGGAAGGCUUCGUGUGUCUCCUGACUUGAGUUCAUCCGGGGGGGACGCGGCGGUGGGGAUGUGGGGCAGGGACCGAAGCGCGGCCCCUCGUGCUGUGCGGCAACGGGGCUGCGG